ACUUCUGAGGAGGUCACGGCUCCGUCAACACCACGCGCUCCUCCUUCAGCGUCUCGCGUGGAGGGUUUUAUUUGUGUAUAUAUAUAUAUAUAUAUGUUGUUGUUCGUGGAUUUAAAAACAACGUGAAAAAUGACUUGAGCCGAGAAAUGAAAGCGCUGACCGGGACGAGUUCCGCGGAGAGACGAGGCGACGACGACGAAAAAGUAGAGGUGACUUGUGGAGCUACAGGGCCAGGAGCAUGACCGAGCAGCAGGAGCAGAGCGAGGAAACGGGCCUGCUCCCAACACAGGACCUGAACCACUGCAAGGACGACGACGCACACGGCCACUUCAGGUUUCAGUUGAUUGAAGACCUUUCCUAUGAAGAUGUGAAGAAGUGUUACCGUGGCUCGACUGUCAGCAAGUACAACUCGCAGUACCACAAACUGUUCCAGUGUGUGCCCAAGGAUGAGAUCCUUAUGAAAGUGUACUCCUGUGCUCUCCUCAGAGAUAUUCUUCUGCAAGGCCGGCUCUACAUUUCCAGAAACUGGCUGUGUUUCUAUGCCAACCUGUUCGGCAAGGACAUCAAGGUGGCGAUCCCUGUCGUUUCCGUGAGGCUGGUGAAGAAGCACAAAACAGCGGGCCUCGUGCCCAAUGGCUUGGCCAUCACCACAGACACCGGCCAGAAGUAUGUAUUUGUGUCUCUGCUGUCAAGAGACAGUGUAUAUGACGUCCUGCGCAGGAUCUGCACACACCUUCAGGUCAAUGGGAAGAGUCUGAGCUUGAAGCAGUUCUUGGAGGAGCCGACCUUAUCGCUGGACGAGUUCCCAGUCCCAGACGAGUUCCCAGUGGUCAACGAGUUCCCAUCAGUGUUAAAGUGGAGAAGGAAACCCUCCGUGGUGUCGGCGUCGUCCUCCCUGCCGGACCUCCUGGGAAACUCCACCAGCAGCCUGAGCGCCGCAGACACACCCUUCAAAUCAGAGCAGCCGCUGGAAGAGCGAGCUCUGCAAACAGACAGGGGUCUUUUAUCAGAGCCACUGGCAGAACUGGGCCAGAUGGAGUACCAGCUGCUCAAGUUCUUCACCCUGCUUAUUAUUCUCCUCAUCCUGUCGUCCUGCUACCUGGCCUUUCGCGUGUGCAGUCUGGAGCAGCAGCUGUCCUUCCUGAGUAACCCAAAUCUGCCCCUGAAAGAGAGGUAACCGCUGCUCUUGUCGGAUUGGUGGCUGUUUUUCUCUCCCCGUGCUUUGAGCUGAUGAUGCCCUCCUGCACAGAUCCAGGACCAGCAUCAGAGCCCAGAAAAGAUCAACCAACACGUAGCAACAUGAAAGAAACAACCCGAGCCCAGGCAUCUUGACCGACCUUUCCCCCCCUCUAGUGAAAUGACUUCCCUAUUUAGUGAUCACUUCCAGACUAUGCAAACAGACUGUCUAUUUAUUUCUGAAUUCAGAGUAGGUUUUUAACUGUAGAUUAUGAUUUUUUCCACCAUCGCCUUUCCCCCCUCACGGACAUUUCAUCUUUCGCCCCGUGACUCCGGCAGCUGUUUGUGACAGGAGUGGUGGUUGAGGCUCGAGGCGAGGAUGGAGAGGUAAGAGGUAAGGGAUAAUUCAACGCGGGAAUCACUUGAAAAGAUAUUUCGGGGGAGUUGAUGUUAAUAUCAAACAUUUUCUGACUGACGAGUUGACUAAACCAAACGUGUGUUUGUCUUUCUGGUGAAAUCUUGCCAUUUAGCCCUCGGUAGACGGAUAAAACAAACUACAACAAAAUGCACUUUUAAAAAAAUAUAUGUGUCUACGUUAUUUUAAAUGUAUGUAACUGUUUUAAGAGUUCUAUUUUAUUCUUGAUAAUAGGUACUCAGUUGUCUUUUUUUUUUUUUAUGGAAGAAAGUUAUGUUAUGACCACAGAUACUUGACUGAUUGAAGUUACCUGUCAUUUGACUGUGAUAUGCUGAAGCGAUAACGCCCCUUGUUGGUGUGAUCUAUAAUGUGAAGGAGAUGGUUCAAUGCAUCAUUUCUGUUUUUGCUGUAAUAACCUGCUGUAUGAAAGGAGUUCCCAGGAUGUUUGUUUUUAUUUUAUACAUUUCAAUUGAAGUCACCAAAGACUUAAAAAAAAUAAAAAAAAGACAGUGAGGUUCAUGUGAUUAUAUUUUUGUCUCACUGUAUAUUCUAUGAUCUUGCAGACAUGGGUGGAAUGUGGUCCUAGACUAGUUUGUGAAAUCCGUAUGUAUUAAAUUGGCAAGAAAAAUGUAGACAAACAGA